AUGACUCGAGUUUCUAAAGCUUGCGAUAAUUGUUAUUCAAGUAAAAAGAACCCUAAGUGCCAACCUUCCAUCCAGGACUCUUCUCAAUGUCAAAGAUGUUUUAAUGCCGGAUAUGAGACCAAAUGUACUUACGAUAUACCCCGAGGCAAACGUGGAUCCAAGUCAAAAUCACAAGCCUCUGCCUCAGUGCAAGAUGUAAAUCAGGAUCAACCAUCUUUACCUCCUACUUCCACUUUGAGCCCGAGGGAACAACUUGAUGAGAUAUUGAAACAUACCAAUCAUGGUUCAAGUGCUUUGGACCCUGAAGGCAGUGAAGGCUUUAUUGCUGCUUGGAAUAACAGCGACGCCUAUAUGAGAUUACCAGAGGCUCCUUGGCAUUAA